CCGGCCACACGAAGCAGAGAGGGAGGCAGCGAUACCUCGAACCGCAUUCAGAGCAGCAUCAUGGCUUCGUGCGGACCUGGGCUGAUUCUUCUGGUGGUCGUUUUCCUGCAAGGGGCGGCUGCCAGCCUACCUGGCACUGGGUUAUCGAGGAAUGUUGGUCUACGGAAGUGUCAGUACAAUAGCCUCUUGUACAAGAAGAACACGGUGGUAGAGAACCUCCCCGAAGCCUGCGCGCGGCUGGUGUGCAGGAUGAAGCGCAAGAAACCGCAAGUGAUCCUGGAACCCGUCGAAGGAUGCACGUGCUCUCGCUCCGCUCCAAGGACUCCGAAGGUCGAAUCCGAACCUGAAGGCGGCGCCGUAGAAUCCGAUGCCUUCUACGACGCAGGCGCAAGGGCGGCUCGGAAGUGCUGGUUCAACAGGAGGUGGAACGUUAACAAGACCGUCGCCAAUUUGGAGGACCAUUGCGUCGAGAUCGCGUGUGUUUACGAUGAGGUUGAGAGGCGGGCGGUGCUGCAGGCGCGCUUCCUCCCUGGCUGCGAGUGCGGAGAACUUACGACGGCGCUAGCAACCGAACUCCAGACCAACCCGCCCACCGAACCUCUCACCAACCUGCCCACAAAACUCCACACCAACCCGCCCACCGAACCCCCAACGACGCCCGCGGCUUGUGACUACGCCCAGUUCUCCGCCGAACACUCGAUGCUGUUACGCCCCAACCUCGAGUGUAACGCCCACAGGACCGGGGUUUCGGAGGCGGAGAAACAGGAGAUUCUGGAAGCCCAUAAUACCCUAAGAGCGAAGGUGGCUCGCGGAGAGGAAAUCGCAGGAGACGCAGGUCCCCAGCCUACAGGAGCAGACAUCAGGGAGCUGGUGUGGAAUGACGAACUCGCGCAGGUGGCUCAGGCGUGGGCGGAGCAAUGCAAGGGCGGCCACGACGGCUACGCCAAGAGGAGAAUCUGUUCAAGAAAUUACGCCGUCGGGCAGAACGUCUUCAGGAAGUGGGGUCAGAAUCCAGAAUCUGUAUGGGCCGAAGCUAUCCAGUCGUGGUAUAAAGAGGUGGCCAAUAUGCCUAAUACCUACGUGGACAAAUUUUCUGGUAGUCCCCCUUCUGGAAAGAUGAUCGGUCACUAUACACAGCUGGUUUGGGGAGCGACGAACGAAAUCGGAUGCGGUGCCGUAGAGUUUUCGAGCAUCAAGAGUAGCCACACGUAUUCGGAGAGCAAGAUCUACGUCUGCAACUACGGCAGGAACGGCAACAGUAUUAACUCCCCUGUCUACACGAGAGGUCCGACGGCAUCGCAGUGUAGCGUAGGAACUUCCACGCGGUAUCCAGGACUCUGCUUGUAGGAAAGAAAUUCGUUAAUGUUACGUAAAAUGAAUACAUUUUUGGGUGGAUUGGUUUCAUAUUUUGUUUGGAUUUUGUAAUAGAUUAGAUGAUAGUGUAUAUAUUUACGAUGACUUGUGAUUUUAUUAUUAUUAUUAUUAUUAUUUGAGUUAUUUUGAUGUUAUUUCAUAAUGAGGAUACUGGUAAAAAUGAUAAUGGUAAUUAUGAUGAUUACUUAAUUAUUAUAUAUUGCCAUUAUUAUCAUUACCGUUAUCAUCAUAAUUUUUUAUUAUCGUUGUUAUUAUUACUAUCAUUAUUAUUGUUAUUAUUAUUCUUAUGAUAAUAAUAACAAUAUCUAUUAUUAUUAUUAUUAUUAUUAUUAUUAUUGUUAUCAUUAUUAUCAUAGCUAUUAUUACUGUCUUUGUUAUUAUGACUAUCAUUAUUGUCAUUAUUAUUAUCAUUAUUAUUAUUAUUAUUACUACUAUUAUUAUUAUUACCAUCAUUAUUAUUACGCUAUUGCCAUUUAUUAUUAUGAAAUCACUAGUAUUACUACCAUUUCCACCACUACAACUACCGGUAUUUUCAUCAUAUAAAUAACAAUUAUCUU